UCCGAUACUCUUCAACAACAUCAUACAACAUGGCUCUUAAGGUUGUCAUUUUGGCUCUCGCCUUCAGUGUGGUCGUAGGCUCAUAUGUUCCUGCCGAUGAUGAUCCAAAAGGGCCAGCGAAGUACAGCUUCAAAUACGCCGUGGACGACGCUGAAAGCGGGAAUAACUACGGCCACGGGGAAUCCAGAGACGGAGCAGCCAUCCAGGGCUCUUACGUCAUCCGCCUUCCAGAUUCCAGGACCCAGAAGGUGUCUUACACCGUCAACGGGGACUCGGGUUAUGUGGCUGAUGUCACCUUUGACGGAGAGCCCAAUUACCCGGAUGUGCCUCCUAAGAAGGGAUAUAAUUAAAGGGAAAAUACUCGUCUAUAACUUGAUUGUAAUCCGUCUUUCUCUCUGCUUUCCAGAGCUCAGUUUGAUGUAUCUGAUUUCCUACUUUCUUUUCUCUAUGGAUUGCCAAAAUCUUUAAUGUGUGAGAAUGCAUGUAAACUGUAAAUUAUGUGAAAAUAAAAUGCUAUAUUAUCAAA